UAUUUUGUUCGUCGAACUUGUGUUCUGUGACUCUUAUAAUUGAUCUAAAUUUGUAUUUUUAAAAAGUGCCAUAUAAAGACGAGUGAAAAAAAAUCAAAGGAUAUGCGGCUCUUCUUUUCUUCCCAGAAUUGACAAUGCGGCACUCAGUGCGCAUGCGCCAAUUUCCAGGAAGCGUUAACAUUUUUUUCUUUCACCAGCUGAUAGCCAAAUUGUCAACAGUUAAGUCAGCGCUACCCGCACGGCUGAAACGACACUAUACACGACCAAACACGACUAGAACAGAGGUCAAGACGUCGUCAGUGAGACGUGACUCUCGGUCUGUUUUGGGAAGCAGCACAAGUGACCAAAAGCACCUGUCUCCACUGAGGGAGGAGGCCCAGCCCCCCUGCUGUCUCUGGUCAGUAUGAGCUCCAGAGGGAGCGGAGGCCGCUCCAACGGCACACUAACGCAGACCAAGAUUUGCCAGUUCAAGUUGGUGCUGCUGGGGGACAUGGCUGUGGGCAAGUCCAGUUUGGUGCUGCGUUUUGUCAAAGGGCAGUUUGAUGAGUUCCAAGAGACCACUAUAGGAGCUGCAUUCCUGGCACAGUCGGUGUGUCUUGAUGAUACCACAGUGAAGUUUGAGAUCUGGGACACUGCAGGACAGGAGCGAUACCACAGCCUGGCUCCCAUGUACUAUCGUGGCGCUCAGGCUGCUAUUGUUGUCUUUGACAUCACCAAGCCGGAGACGUUUGAGAGAGCCAAGGCCUGGGUGAAGGAGCUGCAGAGGCAGGCCAGUCCUAACAUUGUUAUUGCCCUGGCUGGAAACAAGGCUGACCUGGCCGAGAAGAGACUGGUGGAGUAUGAGGAAGCCCAGACAUAUGCCGAAGACACUGGUUUGCUUUUUAUGGAAACCUCUGCAAAGACAGCCAUGAACGUCAAUGAGCUGUUCCUGGCCAUUGCAAAAAAGAUGCCAAAAACAGACACCCAAAACCCAACGCAUGCAGCCCGACAUCGGGGAGUCAACCUGCAGGACCCAGAUGCUCAUUCCACCCGAGCCUGCUGUGGAGGGAACUAGACUUCCACAACUCCCUACCACCUGUAUUCUACCAUCCACACCACCACAGCCCUACAACCAUCUCGUCUCUUUCAAUCAACUUACAGGGGGUGAGCCUUUACUCUGCAUUCAUCUUCCUGUUCAAGCAGAGAGAAUAAGAGGAGAGGAAGAACCAAAAAAGCAAGCAGAGAUGGAGGACAGAGACAGCGUUUCACACGUGUCUGUUGACCAACAACUCUGAUUCCACAUUUGGAAAGACACGGUAUAGAGAAGACUGAGAUUAAGAGGAAUGUAGAAGAUGGUGGCAAGCCUGUUCUAGUAUUUAGCACUAAUUGUGAAAUUUCUUUCGUGUUCACUCUGCCUUGCAUCAUUUUCAGUCACGGCCCCGAUUGGCACAAACUGAGCAGCACAUGUUGCCGAGUGUCCCGAAAGGAGAAAAAAAGGGCCGAGGCAUUAAAAGAGCCAAACGGCUGAGAUGGCAGUCACCCCCCCCCCAGCUUGCAGCUGCUUGCUUUUCCCCUCUAAUAAGAUCCUUCUGUGAAUAAAUACCGAAUUGAACCCCGGGAAUGAGUUUGAACCCUUCUCUGUCCUGCCCGACCCUCCUGUGGCUCAGUUUGUCUGACAAGUCAAUUCGUACCUAUUUAAUGUUCCAUGUUCCUACUUCUCUUGGCUGCAGACUGAUAAGCUUCAGCAUCUCUGAUUCCUCCCUUAUUUAGUCUAAAUGGUAACCCAAAAAGUUAAGACGUGAAGUAAACAUUUCAACUUCUGACAAGUUCUGAAUUAGUGAAACUAAAGCUCAGCAAGUCUGAGAAUUAUUUAUUGAAAGAUUGAGGUACAUGCAGUUAGUGUGAAUAAGCUUGCUGUAGCUCUUUACAGCAGUAAUAUACACUGGAUGUGAAGUGUAUAACUAUGACAUGGACAGGGUUACUAAAUCGUUAUUCUGAUUGGCAUCUAUAGCUUUCCAUCUGGAAAUGGUAUUCCCAAAUGUCAAGGAAUUGAUUAAAUUCCAUUGUCCUCCCUGUUUGGUUUAGACUAUGAGGCUUGUAAUAAACCUCCUUGGUCUGGAGUAUAUCUGCACAUGUUGUGUUCAGCUUAAAUGGCAUAACUGUUUCCUUUACCUUACUAGAAUGAGCUGUGUGCUCAGUGGCUGUCAAAGGCUUGGCUGAAGAAAAUGAGGAAAGAAUAGAUAAAAAAUACACACAAAAAAAACAGAAGUGCCUACUCCCUGUUUUCUUUCUGUCAAUCAUGUUUGGGGCUUUCUUUGAGUGUGUGCUUUGCAGACAAGGCGCAAGACUACUCCCUGACGUUGGUUUGCACCAUAAACCAAAAACCUGGCACCCCGUCAUUAGGCUAUACCGUACUGGCUCUUUGUAUGGAUGUAGAGAUCCUGUCGAAUACACUGUAUGUUAAAUAUUGUCUUAAUUUCACUGAGAAUGUUUGUUGACUUCAGCAGAGCACACUUGUGAACCUGGAAUGGAUCGUUUAAAGGACUCUGAUCAAUGUUAUAAAUCAGUGGGAUUUAAACACA